GGGGUGGUCUCCAUAGCCCACAGCAAGAUACAUAGUAAUCCUGUGUGGGGUUUGGGGUGGACAUCAAUAUACGACAUCUGCCACUUCGGACAUCCAUCAUUAUCCUGACAAUUGCCUGACAUUCGAAUGAACGGUUAUCAUCUCAUCAUCACUCUCCUGGACAGAACACAUCCCAAUUCGUCACGCCAAAUCUUGCGCGGAUCAGUCGCGACUCGUUCUGCUGGCCGGACGCCACACCCAACGCCUACCGGCUUACCGGGUGAACUGGACUUCCGGAUCGCCGAUACACCGAGUUACUUUCCUAGUGAGCCUGCUGGUAUUUGGUCCGAUCUCAGCCAAGCCCCAACCACGCGACUGGGCGAGAGGUGGGACAAACUCGAAGAGGUCGCGCCGCUCAGUCCUACCGCCCUGUGGUACGAACCUGACAGUGUCAUUCCCUCAUCUGCCACCGGAUCUUUGUCCUUUACACCUGCACCCACGUUGGAUUACCGUUUUGGUCCUAUCAGUCUCGAUUGGAUCGAUCAUCCCGCCAGUCAUCCUGCAUUUUCCCCGUUCUCCGAAGAAGCUGAACCCGAACCACAAAAUUCAGAUUCCGGUUGCUACAAGAGAGCUAAGGUUCCGCACAAAAUGACUCAGACUAAGAAAACACCUUCAUCCUCAAUGAAUCCUCAGCAUACUUCACAACCCUCUACAAGCUCAUUACCACCAGUUGAGCGGAAAUCAUCACCCGUGAACUUGAACUUGCCGACUGCUCAGUUUAUUACUGAAUCUCCCGAAAAGGCCAAAUAUCAACUUGGCUCAACGGAAUUCGGUUACGGCUCCAUCCAUCUUUAUCGCGACUUUGAAGAAGCUUCAGCUGCAAAGAAACCUAACGAUGAAUCAUCAACAGUCUCAUCGUAUCAGAAGAAUCCAGAAAAGAGUAGUUCUCGUAAAGACUCUCUUGGUAGUGAUCAUCUGAGUCAAUGGAAACAAUUAGAUGAUGAACAUGGAAUGAUAGUCGGAGUUUUGGCAAUUCCUUCGUACAUGACAUCGCAAGAUUUCCUUGCGUUCAUAUCGUCUGUUGUGGAGUCGAUCGAAAGUGUGCGAAUGCUCAGAGAUUCACUUCCGAACCGCUGCAUUGGGUUGAUCAAAUUUCGGAGCAGCCAAGCAGCCAGGCACUUUGCGAGCGAGUUCAAUGGCAGGCCUUUUUCGCAUUUACAAGACCGCGAGAUUUGCCAUACGGCAUUCAUACGAUCCGUUCGGUUCAAGUCCUCCUUAAUACCUCCAUUCACAUUUCCUGCACUACUUCCUCCAGACCUCUUAACACAUUCCGCUCAUGAACUACCAACUUGUCCAGUUUGUCUGGAAAGAAUGGAUGUUUCAGUAACAGGCUUGAUGACGAAGACCUGUUCGCACACUUUUCACUGCCACUGUCUGUCGAAUUGGGGCGACUCGAGGUGUCCCAUUUGUCGCUACUCCGAAUCCAAGCUCAAUAAAUCUUCCACUCCUGACCAAUCCGAAUGUGCUGCCUGCGGAAGCCAAGCAAACCUUUGGAUUUGCUUGAUCUGUGGUCACGUUGGAUGCGGAAGGUACCAAGGUGGACAUGCCUAUCGUCAUUUUGAAGAAAGUGCUCAUCUAUAUGCCCUUGAACUUGGCUCCCAACGGGUAUGGGAUUAUGUCGGUGAUAAUUAUGUUCAUCGGUUGAUUCAAACGAGGAGCGAUCAGAUUGUUGAGUUACCGGCUCUAUCUUCUGCGGUCUUCGAUAGCGGGGGAGGUCCUGGAAGAAAUGAAGUAGCAUACCAAUCUAAGAUUGAGGCGAUAUCGGAAGAGUUUGGCCAUUUAGUUGCCUCUCAACUAGAUUCUCAGCGGGCAUUUUACGAGGAGGAGAUGGAAAUCCUGAGAAGUCGUCUUCAAUCUACUCAACAGGAAACUGAAGAGCAGAAGGCGAUAGUUAAGAAGCUUCAAGCCCAGUUAGAAACCAUGGAGGAAUCAAACCAAUCCUUAGAAAAGAUCAGCAAAAAAGAGAAAUCGACCAUGGCCAAAAAGGCCGGUAAGACUGCACAACUCAGCCAGAAACUAGAAAAUGAAUUGAAGGAAGAACAGAUCAUGUCGGCUGGGAUGCGGGCACAGAUCAAGAAGCUUGAAGAAGAAAAGAACGAAGAGAAAAAGAAGACGGAAGAGUUGAGCAAAGAGAUCAUCGAUAUUAAGGAACAACUUCGAGACAUGAUGUUUUUUAUCGACAUGCAGUCCAAGAUUCAGAAUAAUGAUGGCGGUACUUCUGAGCUCCAAGGUGGCUCCAUCGUCAUUGGAAAGCCUGCUUCUUCCACGCCCAAAUCAAAAGGUAAAAAGGGAUGAGAUUCCUUUGCUCCCUUUUCUUCGUCUAUAUCAAUAUCCGUCUUAUGUAGUAGCUUUCUGUCUCAGUAUUGUUAUGAAAAGGGGGUUUUGUGCCAGUUCAACAAAGUACGAUAUCCAUCCCUUCGCUUGUGGAUUAUUCAAAAGUUGUAUUUGUUAUGUAGUCGAUUGGUUUAACUCGGGUGAUUGUAAAUGUAAAGAAUUCAGAGAAUGCAGUGCCACAUUGCCUGCACGAAAUA